CGUUGUGUGUGUUUCUCUCUCUUCCUCUCACUCCCUCUUCCUCUCACUAUCUCUCUUACUCACUUGUGCACGUGCACACCUUCCACCACUCCCCUCCAACCACCUCCAGGGUUCUGUCAGGCCGGCAAGGACCUGCGCUUGGUCACCAUAGCAACGGAGUCUAUCAAAGUCCCAGCUGGCUUCGAGCUGGUGGGUGCCAAGUCCCCCAGUGUCCCCGAUCACGUCCUGGUGUGUGCGGUGGACCGGCGCUUUUUGCCUGAUGACAACGGGAAAAAUGCACUUUUAGGGUUCUCAGGGAACUGUGUGGGCUGUGGGGAGAAGGGGUUCCGCUACUUCACAGAGUUCUCCAACCACAUCAACCUGAAACUGUCCACUCAGCCAAAGAAACAGAAGCACUUAAAAUACUACCUGGUGAAGACCUCCCAGGGUGCUCUGUGCAAGGGACCACUCAUCAGCUGGAAAGACUGUAAAACGCGCCAGUUCUCCAACAGCGCAUCCACCUCCAAGCCCAGCUCCUCGUCCUCCGUCAGCAGUAAGGAGAAUGGAGGCACCAACGGCCACAGCUCCUCUCCCUUCUCCCUCUCAGAUUCUCCGCCGACCAGAAGUGGACAGGUCUCCUCUGUGUUUUUUGGAGGGCAGGACCUCAGCAGAGACUGCAGUUUCCUCAAACCUUUGGCCUCCACCACUGGCAACAACAAGACACUACCAAUAGUGCCCACAGCUCUGAGGUUGAACGGUCCCACCAACGGCCUGGGUCUUGAACCCCGGCCCCCGCUGCUAGGCCCCUCCCAGCCCUCAUUGGUCCCGCCCAGCCAGACCUACCGCAGCGCCGACCCCGUAGACAGUCCCUCUUCUUCUACCAUGAACUCCGCCCCUCCAAAGAAACGCCACAGGGGCUGGCACCCAGGGUCUCUGGUGCCCGCGCCCCCCACCGCCGUGCCCGUGCCGGCCAUCCGGCCCACCGGAUGUUCCCCAGGGUCCGUGAUGGCCAUGCAGACCGCCGUGGCGCCCCCUCCCGCCGCUGGGCCGAUCCAGCCCCAGCCCCUGACCGCCGGGGAGACGGUCAUCGUCCCCGACAACCUGCUCAACUCCUCGGGCGUGCGGCCCGUUGUCCUCAUAGGGCACGGCACUCUACCCUACUUCUAUGGCAACGUGGGGGACAUCGUGGUGAGCCCCCUGCUGGUCAGCUGCUAUAAGACCAGCCAGCUGACGGACAAGACCCGCGAGAACCUGGGCCUGAGCACCAAUCAGCUGCUCAGCGUGGAGACCGUGACCCUGCUCACCCUGCAGUACCUCGCACGGCUCGGUCCGACCCAGAUCCCGCUGCGGGAGGAGUUUGAGCAGAUCGUGCUGAAGGCCAUGCUGUGCUGUCCGGGCUCCCCGGCCAUCUCCCCCUCCCAGCUGCCCUGGCUGGCCCGGCUGGAGGCCAGCGUGUCGGGGGGCGGGGUCCAGGUGCUGGUGACCAGCGGCUCCCUGGGGGAGGGCAUCUCGGAGUCCCUGCGCUCCCUGGGCGAGGGCCCGCUGCCCCAGCAGUGCCUGCCCACCUACGUGGUCAUCAUCUGCGUGGCCAAGAUGGGCGGCACCGAGUUCUGCGUGCUGGUGCUCGGGAAGUACCAGGCCCGGGCGCUGGCAGAGGGCAUGCUGAGCACCAACGAGUUCCUCAAGGAGAUCAGCUACGAGCUCAUCACGGGGAAAGUCAGCGUGCUGGCGUCCCACUUCAGAACCACCUCGCUGGGGGACAACCUGGACAAGCAGCUGGUGAAGUACCAGCGCCGGCGUAAAGGCCUGGUGGUCCAGCCCUUCCAGGGGGAGGUCAGCGACCACCCCCACUCCCAGGAGGCUGCCAGCAUGCUGCCCCUCGCCGACCAGGACCUGCUGGACGAGGUGUUCCAGAUCUACCCCCCCCAGCUGAGCGUCGCCCGCAGCCUGCUCUCCCAGGUCUGCUCCAUAGCAGACUCAGGCAGCCAGAGCCUGGACCUGGGGCGCUUCUGCAAGGUGGACUUCCUGGUACUGGUCCCGCCUUCUCACGCGCUGAUGCACCAGACGGCCCAGCGCAUCCGACAGUCAGGUGUGCUGGUGGACCUGGGCAUCGAGGACGUGGCCUCGGCCCACCAGAGGGCAGACAAGUACGUGGUGCGUCUGCACGGGGACGUGCACUCCAAGAUGGAGUCCUUCAUGAGGAAGGUCAAGCAGAACCCCUACACGCUGUUUGUCCUCAUCCACGACAACUCCCACGUCGACCUCACGAGUGCCCUCUCUGGCUCCGUGUGCCACGGGGAGCUGCAGGGUCUGGCCGACCGCGUGGUGAACUGCAAGGAGGUGCUGGAGGCGGUGAACCUGGUGGUGCUGCAGGUCAGCUGCUUCCCCUACACGCUGCAGACCCGCCAGUCCCGCAUCAGCGCCCACAACGAGGUGCACUGGCCCUCCGCCCAGAGCCUGGGGGAGCCCUCUGCUGAGCAGCUGGUGUACUUCGGUAUGAAGGACUACAGCAGCUCCCUGCAGUGGGGCGUGGCCAGCCCCAUACUGCGCUGUGACGACGCCUUCGAGAAGAUGGUCCACACGCUGCUCCAAAGGCACCCCCACCUCCACAGCAUGGUGAUCCGCAGCUACCUGCUCAUCCAGCAGUACACGGAGGCCAUGAUGGCGCUGACCUCCUCCCCGUCGCUCCGGGACCACAUCACCCCCGAGACGCUGGCCAUGGUGGAGGACCUGAUCAGCGCCCCCUGCAGGGAGGGCUCCAGGGGCCGCGGCCACAUGCUGCUGGUGCGCGUGCCCUCGCUGCAGCUGGCCAUGCUGGCCCGCGAGCGCCUGGAGAACGUGCGCGACAAGCUGGGCCUGCAGUACUGCUUCGCCGUCCUGCUGGGGAGCCCCGCCUCGGAGCUCAGCCUGCCCGCCAACUUCACCGGCCGCCUGAGGGCGUGGCGAGGCUGUGACAAUGACGAGUGGGUCCCCCACACGUACGAGGACCUAGAGGGGCUCCCCUGCAUCGUCAUCCUCACUGGGAAAGACCCCCUCGGAGAAACCUUCCCAAGGUCUCUGAAGUACAGCGACCUGCGGCUCAUCGACUGCAGCUACCUGACCCGCACCGCUCUGGAGCAGGAGGUGGGCCUGGCCUGCACCUACGUCUCCACGGGCGGGGUCCGGGACCCCAAGAGGGCCCGCAAGGCGCCGUCGCGGGAGAGCGAGGGUGAGCGGGUGGGCAGCUCGUACAAAGGGGAGGAGCCGGAGGGGCGCCAGAGCGAUGGCAGCGAAGCCGCCAGAGCCCUCGGCUCCCUGGCAGAGAACUGCGUCAGCUCCUCGGACGUGGCCUACACCUCCCACAAGCCCUCCGCCUCCUUCCCCCCCGACCCCCCCUCCUCCUCCUCCUCCUCCUCCUACUCCUCCUCCGGCCCCCACCACCGGGACGAGUCCUCCAACACCGGGCAGCAGGUGAAGCUGGAGUGCGACUCCCUGGGCGCGGGCGCCGGCCUCCCCCCGUCGGAGCCCUCCUCCAAGCCCCCGCCGUCCCUCUGCUCCACCUCCUCCUCCUCCUCCUCCUCCACCGGCUCCUCCUUCUCGCCGUCCUCGUCCUCCGCCACCCCGCAGAAGCCCAGCCAGUCCACGCAGCGCGGCCGGGACGGCGCCGCCGCCGCCGCCGCCCGCGCCCCGCCGCGCCGCGCGCCGCGGACCGUCAUCCUGUCGCGGGCCGCCUACAACCUGCUGGCCGGCGAGUCCGGCAGCCAGCUGAGCUCCUGCGCCCUGCUGCCCCACGCCGACGUGGCCUGGAGCAGCCCGCUGCGGCCCCCCGUCACCCAGCACCUCCGGGGGCCCGAGCAGAGCGCCUACUACCGCCAGUGGAGCGUGGCCCGGCAGCACCACGCCGACCACGAGGGCCCCGCCGCGCCCCACCCCCGGCGCCUGCUUCUCAGCGGACCCCCGCAGGUGGGGAAGACAGGCGCCUACCUGCAGUUCCUGCGCAUCCUGUCCCGCAUGCUCAUCAGACUGCUGGAGGUGGACGUGUAUGAUGAAGAGGAGCUGGACGAAGAAACACAGAGCGAGGCGGUGACUCCGGUGAACACACAGUGGCCCGACAUCGAGGACAUCCGCAUGCUGACCUUUGACCUCUUUCCCCGAGACCCCAAAUUCAGGAGAGACAGUCCCGUUUUCUCGGACAACGUGCCAAAGCUCUUUCAAGAUCUGAAACAAGAACCUCAAGAGAGCCAAACACAAGCAAAAAGAGAGAUCCGGUCCAUUCGCCUGAGUCGGUUCGCCGCCCACAAUGCAUUUCACCACUGUGAACAGUGCCACCACUACUGUGAAGCCAGCCCUGCCACACAGCUCUCUGAGUGCACCUUCCAUGCCUUCACCUUCUGCUCCUCCAUGUUGGGAGAGGAGCUGCAGCUCCACUUCAUCAUUCCCAAAGCCAAGGAGAAGCACUUCAUCUUCAGCCAGCAGGGCAGCCACCUGGAGAGCAUGCAGCUCCCCCUAGUUUCCACCAAGGACCCCGAGAGGCUGAAGAGCCCCAUCUUCACCCCCACCACGGGCCGCCAGGAGCACGGCCUGCUCAACCUGUACCACGCCCUGGAGGGCGCCGACCACCUCCACAUCCUGGUGGUCAAGCAGUACGAGAUGCCCCACUACAGGAAGUACUGGCCCAACCACAUCCUGCUGGUGCUGCCCGCCAUGUUCAACAGCGCAGGCGUCGGCGCGGCUCGCUUCAUGAUCAAGGAGCUGUCCUACCACAACCUGGAGCUGGAGAGGAACCGGCUGGAGGAGAAGGGGGUGAAGCGCCAGGACGUGUGGCCCUUCAUCGUCAUGAUGGACGACUCCUGUGUGCUGUGGAACGGACACCAGCAGCCCGACAGCGGUGAGAGCUCUGAAGGAGGCCUCUCCAACGUGUCCCUGAAGACGGUGCUGCAGCACAUGGAGGCCACGCCCAAGGUCUCCCUGUACGCCAUGUGCGGGACCCGAAAGUGGAGCAGCGGCCUGGGCCACAAGGCCGGCGGGCGGCCCUUCUCUCGGUGCCACCUCCACGACUUUGUCAUGCUCAACGUCGACCUGACCCAGAACGUGCAGUACGACCUCAACCGGUACGGCUGUGAGGAGGUGGACUUUAACCUGAGGGCCAACAGCAGUGGGCUGCUGCUCUGUCGCUUCAACCACUUCAGCUACAUGAAGAAACACAUUCCAGUUGGGGGCCACAAGGACUACGUGGUCAAACCUAAGCUAAUGGAGAUGGAGAACUCCGCCCCCAUCAACCCGUCCCAGUACGUGUGCGCCCCGGACAGCGAGCAGACCCUGCUGGCCGCCCCCGCCCAGUUCCUCCUGGAGAGGUUCCUGCAGUCCUGCAGCCACAAGCUGUUCCCCAAGGCCAUCCGGAACCGGAACAACCCGGUGCUCUCCAUAGACAGCUACCUCAACAUCGGCACUGAGGUGUCUGUGUGCUACAUCAACUCUCGCCCACACUCCACCAACCAGGACCACCACGGCCUCGUGUUCAGUGGUCUCCUGCUCUAUCUGUGCGACUCCUUCGUCGUCUCCGGGCUCCUCAAGAAGUUCUCCUUCCUCAAAGGCGCCACGCUGUGUGUGAUCAGCCAGGACCGGAGCUCCCUGCGGCAGACCAUCGUGCGGCUGGAGCUGGAGGACGAGUGGCAGUUCCGCCUGCGGGACGAGUUCCAGACGGCCAACUGUCUCGAAGACCGCCCGCUCUACUUCCUCACCGGCCGCCACAUCUGAGACCCCCGGGCACCCCCGGGCGGUCGGGUGGAGGACCUCUCGCACAAAGAAACUCACACAGAGAGUGCAACGCAUACGAGUACAAUCAGGCGUGAGGAUAAGGGUCGGAUCCAGGGGGAGUGGAAACCGGAACAAGGUCAGGCUUCCCCGACCAGCCCCGACACCGGGCCACUGCGCCGUACCCGUGUGUGGCUGUGGCCGGUUGUCUGAUAGCGUUUUAUUGUUGGUGAACACGCGGCGAAUCGGCGCAGGCCCACGUCCUCUAGUUGUGUGUCUGGGUUUGUCUGGGCGGCGUGCAGGGCACCUUCAGGACUUCAAUCCUCCCAAAGGCCCGGAAAAUCUGGAUUCUCAUCGCGUGUGACGGGGCACUGGAGGGGUUAUCUUUCGUUCUGGAGCACAAGCCAAGACGUACCCAAAGAACAGAGUAGAGGAGCAGAGGAGGGAACGCCCCUCCGAGCACGCUCGGCCGCACCAGCACAGUGCAACGCGUGCCGGCACGAACAAUAAAAGGUGUGCGCCUCCGCGGUCUUAUCUCGUACCUGUAGCUGGGCCUGUCCCAAAACUCACCUCCCGUGUGACUUAACCUUUGCUGUGAAGAAAAGCCACGACAAAAAAAGAAAAGCUCACUGCUGUGUUCGUUUUUUAAUCAAAACCGAAGAGACUAUCUGGUGUUUUACUGUGACUGUUGUAUAUAAAAGACGGAUUGAAAAUGUCUACACGGACUGUGACAGCAGUUGGGUCAAAUUCUGUACAUAUUCGCUUAUCUCAGGGUCUCAGGAGGAUUACCGGUGAAUUAAGGUAACCUUGAUGUUGUCAUACACAUUGUGGUAUCGUGUUUCAAAUGGGUCCCAUGUCUGCAUUUUUCGUGGGUUUGAUUACCAAAGAACAUGCCAGAGUGCACACCCCCCCCCUCCACCAACAUCCCUGCUCAGCCACCAAAAUGACACUUCUCACAACAUUACAGAAAGCCAAUGGGCAGGCAGCUUUAUGAAUGGCAUGCCAAUGUUUUUGAUAUCUGCCAUAACUGUACAUGCCAUCAAGGGGAGUUAUCAAAGUUGAUAAUGCCAUUGGAAUCAAAAUCGAUGCCCAAGACUCUUUUCUGUGCAAUUCUGAGGCAUUUUAUAGGGUUCAAAAUGUAACUAAAUUCUAAAUGAUCAUCCUGUGAAGUUUUAUGUAUUGGUGUUCUAUACAUGAAUAGCUAUAACAGAUAGCUAGAAAGAUGUUAUGAAAUGGGUUCUCUUAUUAUCAAAAGUUAGGGUUUGGACAAAUCAGAUGAAGCAUUGUGGAAAGGGAAAAGAGAGAGGGGACUAGUGUAGCCAUUCAAUCAUCCUUACAAUCAAUUCCAUUAAUGUCUCUAUACCCCAAAACAUGUCCUCAUGAAACUCCAUGCUAUGCAUUGGUCUGCAAUGCAUAACCCCCAGGAACUCACCAGAUGCCAUGUGUGAUGCUAUGGGAUGAACAAACCACUGCCAAUGGUAUUUGCUUCUUGCUGUGCCUGUUAUUUCACGUUUUCGUAGUGUUUUUUGUGCCUAACCGUAGUUCUGGUUCCUGCCACCGCUUGAAAAAAACGUGAAAAAAGUCGAAUCCCUGUCUGCCCCCAAAUCCCCAUCAGAAGAGUAGAAAACAGAAGCUUGUACACAGUCACUAGCAGACGACAAGGUCACAUACUGUACUUGACAGAGGGUUGGGAUGUUUUUAUAUGUUACUGCACAGGGUUGUCCAAAGAAUAUGCCUUAAGUGAUGUUGUUACACGGGUGUCACUAUGAGCCAAAGUAACUCUUUUCACGGACCAAUGAUAAUGAAACAAUUUCGCCUACCAGGGGAUGAAUAGUUUAUAUCUGAAUCAAGCAAGGGAAUGAUACAAAAAAUAAUGGAUUUAGGACUAUGUCUAUUGAUUGAUGCUUUGUUUACAUUUUAACAUUAUUAAUAUAUUGUAUCAGCCCGAUAACAACAGAAGGUUACUUUUUUUUAAGUCUGUUGAAUCUUUUGCCGUUAUUAUAUUGGUCACGUUGUCUUUCGUAUUGUUUUGUUUUGCGAAGGCAAGAAGAAUCUACCUAGAUGUGUUCCUUCCCUGUGUUCAUAUCCCUUACUGUUUUUCUGUCGGGUUACAAUUUUUUUCUUUUGGAAAACGAAAAUCAGGUCCAUGAGGGAUUCUUAUUUAUUUGACAUGCAUUUUGGACUGAGGACAGUGGUAGAAAUGUGAUAAUUGAUUGCAUGCCGUGCUCGUUUUAUUUUGGUUUUCCACCUUUCUCUUCUAUUUCUUUCACCAAUGGAGUGUCCUUGUGAAAACCAUCUAUGAAGGCUUUGCACAAGACCCAAGAGAAUGAUGAGUAUAUCUACUGAAUGUUAUGGGGGUAGGAAAUAUGAACUUGCACUAUUACGGAUUGCCAGCAGCAAAAAUAUUUUCUAGGCGAAAAAAUUUAAGUUGCCCCCCCUUCCCUCCCAAAGAAAACUCACCACCACGACCAACAACAAGAACCAAUCCAAAGUUACGAAGACUCUGUUGUUGAACCCCUUUCAUAAAGUUUCUGAUGGCCCACAGAUUGUUUCUUUGUCGAUGAUUAGUUGGAACAUAUAACUUAAUAUGCAACUUGCUUCUCACAAUCCUCACUGAAGUGUGCUAACGUGCUAACGUUAGCGCCUGGGUGAUCUACCUCAUGUUUACCAUUGUGGGUGUGGGCUGUUAAUGUAUGACUUUGGAGCAAUGCUUUUGUUGUUGGACAUUUAUGAAUGUAAUAAAAAAUGACAUUUCGAGGAGUAAUUAUGA